AUUGCUAGCGUUCCAGAAAACUCUGAAAAGGCAGGAUAAGGGCGCCCUUCUUGAAGUCUGCGGGUACAACAACCUCCGCUGCCAGUUUCGAAACGACUGUCACUUGGCCACAAUGGCGCAGGCUGCCGUAGCCAGGAUCAGUGCAAUCCCCGCAUUUCAUGGCACCACAAAUGUGCGUCUCCGGACAGAGCGUCCCCCUACUACACCCUUCGUUCCAUUGCAAGCUGCAAAUACAAGUUGCAUGGGUGCAGCACCUUGCAAAAUUGUCACAGUCAACCAGGUUCCGAAGACUCUGAGGGUUGCACGUUGUGGCAAAGCGUUCUUGGGUGGUGAGCAGGAGCUGGGGCGGCAACAGAGACAGCGCCCCCGAGCCACGCGUAGACCCGGAGCGGUUGCGGCAGAGCUGGCCUCGCUCGCAGAGACCGAGGCGGUGCCAAUAAAGACAGCCGACGGGAACUUGCAGAAGUUUCCAGCUGCACCAGGCGUGUACGCGAUCUACGACUCCAAUCAAGACGUUCAAUUCAUUGGCCUGUCACGGAAAGUAUCCGUCAGCUUAGAGGGGCAUGCAGAAGACCUCCCGGAGCUGGUGUCCUCCGCCAAAGUCGCGGUGGUCCAGAACGUAGACCGGAGCGCACUCCAAGCGGCCUGGAAAGCGUGGGUCGAAGAGUACAUUCAGCAGGCGGGCAAAGUGCCCCCCGGCAACGUAACCGGCAAUGACACAUGGACGAAGCGGAAAGCGAGGGGAGCGAAGCCGGAGAUCAGGCUCACGCCCGGGGCGCACGUAAAGCUGACCGUGCCGUUGGAAGAGAUCAUAGACAAGGUGGUGAAGGACGUGCCGGUGGUGGCUUUCAUCAAGGGGACGCGGACGGCGCCGCAGUGCGGGUUCUCGUACAGGGUGCUGACGUUGUUGAAUGAGAGCAAGGUAGACUAUGAGGUCGUGAAUGUCUUGGACGAGGAUCAUAACCCGGGGCUAAGGGAGGCCAUCAAGCAGUACAGCCAAUGGCCGACCAUCCCGCAGGUGUUUGUCAAGGGGGAGUUCAUUGGGGGGGCGGACAUUCUGGAGGAGAUGGUGCAGAAGAAUGAACUCAAGCCUCUCGUUAGCAAGUGAGGUGUUCUGCAUCGGAAAUGUACCGAGCUUUGAACUGCGCAAACAACUUGGCAUGCAAUAAUUGAUCCUUUUCUUCUUGUCUCGUAUGGAUUGACCAUGACGAUCAACCAUAUAAGAGCUAUAGUUUCGCAGGAAAAUGAUGAUUGCUUAGACUGUAUCGAUAUCCAUUGUGCAAUCCGAAGGCCUGCCG